GCCACCGAGGCUGACAGCUCCACCGCCCUCGGUUGCGCCGUUGACGACGAUGAUGUGCCUCAGCUCCUCUCUCCUGCCGCGCCCGUCUCCCGCUGCUGACCGGCCGCCUCCCGGGAUCAUCGCGGGUGGCGGCGGCGGUGGCAAGCGACUGAGCGUGGUGCCGUCCGUCCCGUUUCUGCUCCACUGGUCGUGGCCACGGAAGGCCAAGAGCAAGUCUUCUGUUUCUGUGACUGCACGAGGAAACAAAAUCGCGGCAACAACUGGAUAUGGUUCUGACCACCUUCCCAUGUACGAUCUGGAACCAAAGUUGGCUGAAUUCAAAGACCACUUCAACUAUACGAUGAAAAGGUACCUUGAACAGAAACUUCUGAUUGAGAAACAUGAGGGAGGCCUAGAGGAAUUCUCUAAAGGCUAUUUGAAGUUUGGGAUCAACACAGAGCAUGAUGCAUCCGUGUAUAGGGAAUGGGCUCCUGCAGCAGAAGAAGCACAACUUGUUGGUGACUUCAACAACUGGAAUGGUUCUGGGCACAAGAUGACAAAGGAUAAUUUUGGCGUUUGGUCAAUCAGGAUUUCCAAUGUCAAUGGGAAACCUGCCAUCCCUCACAAUUCCAAGGUUAAAUUUCGAUGUAGGCACGAUGGAGUAUGGGUUGAACGGAUUCCAGCAUGGAUUCGUUAUGCAACUGUUACUGCCUCUAAAUCUGGAGCUCCAUACGAUGGUGUUCACUGGGAUCCACCAACUACCGAAAGGUAUGUAUUCAACCAUCCUCGACCUCCAAAGCCUGAUGUUCCACGUAUCUAUGAGGCUCAUGUGGGGGUGAGUGGUCGAAAGCUUGAAGUAGGCACAUACAGGGAAUUUGCAGACAACGUGUUACCGCGCUUAAGGGCAACUAACUACAACACAGUUCAGUUGAUGGGAAUCAUGGAACAUUCUGACGCUGCUUCUUUUGGGUAUUACGUGACGAAUUUCUUCGCAGUUAGCAGCAGAUCAGGCACACCAGAGGACCUCAAAUAUCUUAUUGACAAGGCACAUAGUCUUGGAUUGUGUGUUCUAAUGGAUGUUGUCCACAGCCAUGCGAGCAAUAAUGUGAUAGACGGUCUCAAUGGCUAUGAUGUUGGACAAAGUGCACACGAAUCCUAUUUCUACACAGGAGACAAGGGCUAUAAUGAGAUGUGGAAUGGCCGCAUGUUCAACUAUGCCAAUUGGGAGGUCCUAAGAUUCCUUCUUUCCAAUUUGAGAUAUUGGAUGGACGAAUUCAUGUUUGAUGGCUUCCGAUUUGUUGGGGUUACAUCGAUGCUAUAUAAUCACAAUGGUAUCAAUAUGUCAUUCACUGGAAAUUACAAAGAGUAUUUUGGUUUGGAUACCAAUGUAGAUGCAGUUGUUUAUAUGAUGCUCGUGAACCAUUUAAUGCACAAACUCUACCCAGAAGCAAUUGUUGUGGCAGUAGAUGUUUCAGGCAUGCCAGUUCUUUGUUGGCCAGUUGAUGAAGGUGGAUUAGGGUUUGACUAUCGCCAGGCUAUGACUAUUCCCGAUAGAUGGAUUGACUGCUUGGAGAACAAAGGUGAUCAACAAUGGUCAAUGAGUAGUGUAAUAUCACAAACAUUGACUAACAAGCGAUAUCCGGAAAAGUUCAUUGCAUAUGCUGAGAGGCAAAAUCAUCCUACUAUUGGCGUCAAGACUAUGGCCUUUCUCUUAAUGGAAUGGGAAAUGUAUUCCGGCAUGUCGGACAUGGAUCAUGAUUCGCCUACAAUUGAUCGUGGCAUUGCACUUCAAAAGAUGAUUCACUUCAUCACGAUGGCCUUUGGAGGUGAUAGCUACUUAAAAUAUAUGGCUAAUGAGUACAUUAAUGCAUUUGAUCAAGCAACGAACACACUCGACGAGAAAUGUUCCUUCCUAUCAUCAUCAAAGCAGACUGCCAGCGACAUGAAUGAGGAAGAAAAGGCCAAGAGCAAGUUCUCUGUUCCCGUGUCUGCGCCAAGAGACUACACCAUGGCAACAGCUGAAGAUGGCUUCGGCGACCUUCCGAUAUACGAUCUGGAUCCCAAGUUCGCCGGCUUCAAGGACCACUUCAGUUACAGGAUGAAAAAGUAUCUUGAACAGAAACAUUCGAUCGAGAAAUACGAGGGGGGCCUUGAAGAGUUCUCUAAAGGCUACUUGAAGUUUGGGAUCAACACAGAAAAUGACGCAACUGUGUACCGGGAAUGGGCCCCUGCAGCAAAGGAUGCACAACUUAUUGGUGACUUCAACAACUGGAAUGGCUCUGGGCACAGGAUGACAAAGGAUAAUUUUGGUGUUUGGUCAAUCAGGAUUUCCCAUGUCAAUGGGAAACCUGCCAUCCCCCAUAAUUCCAAGGUUAAAUUUCGAUUUCACCGUGGAGAUGGACUAUGGGUCGAUCGGGUUCCUGCAUGGAUUCGUUAUGCAACUUUUGAUGCCUCUAAAUUUGGAGCUCCAUAUGACGGUGUUCACUGGGAUCCACCAACUGGUGAAAGGUAUGUGUUUAAGCAUCCUCGGCCUCGAAAGCCUGACGCUCCACGUAUUUACGAGGCUCAUGUGGGGAUGAGUGGUGAAAAGCCUGAAGUAAGCACAUACAGAGAAUUUGCAGACAAUGUGUUACCGCGCAUAAAGGCAAACAACUACAACACAGUUCAGCUGAUGGCAAUCAUGGAACAUUCAUAUUAUGCUUCUUUUGGAUACCAUGUGACGAAUUUCUUCGCAGUUAGCAGCAGAUCAGGAACACCAGAGGACCUCAAAUAUCUUGUUGACAAGGCACAUAGCUUAGGGUUGCGUGUUCUGAUGGAUGUUGUCCAUAGCCAUGCGAGCAGUAAUAUGACAGAUGGUCUAAAUGGCUAUGAUGUUGGACAAAACACACAGGAGUCCUAUUUCCAUACAGGAGAAAGGGGUUAUCAUAAACUGUGGGAUAGUCGCCUGUUCAACUAUGCCAAUUGGGAGGUCUUACGGUAUCUUCUUUCUAAUCUGAGAUAUUGGAUGGACGAAUUCAUGUUUGACGGCUUCCGAUUUGAUGGAGUAACAUCCAUGCUAUAUAAUCACCAUGGUAUCAAUAUGUCAUUCGCUGGAAAUUACAAGGAAUAUUUUGGUUUGGAUACCGAUGUAGAUGCAGUUGUUUACAUGAUGCUUGCGAACCAUUUAAUGCACAAAAUCUUGCCAGAAGCAACUGUUGUUGCAGAAGAUGUUUCAGGCAUGCCAGUGCUUUGUCGGUCAGUUGAUGAAGGUGGAGUAGGGUUUGACUAUCGCCUUGCUAUGGCUAUUCCUGAUAGAUGGAUUGACUACUUGAAGAACAAAGAUGACCUUGAAUGGUCAAUGAGUGCAAUAGCACAUACUCUGACCAACAGGAGAUAUACGGAAAAGUGCAUUGCAUAUGCUGAGAGCCACGAUCAGUCUAUUGUUGGCGACAAGACUAUGGCAUUUCUCUUGAUGGACAAGGAAAUGUAUACUGGCAUGUCAGACUUGCAGCCUGCUUCACCUACAAUUGAUCGUGGAAUUGCACUUCAAAAGAUGAUUCACUUCAUCACCAUGGCCCUUGGAGGUGAUGGCUACUUGAAUUUUAUGGGUAAUGAGUUUGGCCACCCAGAAUGGAUUGACUUUCCAAGAGAAGGCAACAACUGGAGUUAUGAUAAAUGCAGACGCCAGUGGAGCCUCUCAGACAUUGAUCACCUACGAUACAAGUACAUGAACGCAUUUGAUCAAGCAAUGAAUGCGCUCGACGACAAGUUUUCCUUCCUAUCGUCAUCAAAGCAGAUUGUCAGCGACAUGAAUGAGGAAAAGAAGAUUAUUGUAUUUGAACGUGGAGAUCUGGUCUUCGUCUUCAAUUUUCAUCCCAGUAAAACUUAUGAUGGUUACAAAGUCGGAUGUGAUUUGCCUGGGAAGUACAAGGUAGCUCUGGACUCCGAUGCUCUGAUGUUUGGUGGACAUGGAAGAGUGGCCCAUGACAACGAUCACUUCACGUCACCUGAAGGAGUACCAGGAGUACCUGAAACAAACUUCAACAACCGCCCUAAUUCAUUCAAAGUCCUGUCUCCACCCCGCACUUGUGUGGCUUACUAUCGCGUCGAGGAAAAAGCGGAAAAGCCUAAGGAUGAAGGAGCUGCUUCUUGGGGCAAAGCUGCUCCUGGGUACAUCGAUGUUGAAGCCACUCGUGUCAAAGACGCAGCAGAUGGUGAGGCGACUUCUGGUUCCAAAAAGGCGUCUACAGGAGGUGACUCCAGCAAGAAGGGAAUUAACUUUGUCUUCGGGUCACCUGACAAAGAUAACAAAUAAGCACCAUAUCAACGCUUGAUCAGAACCGUGUACCGACGUCCUUGUAAUAUUCCUGCUAUUGCUAGUAGUAGCAAUACUGUCAAACUGUGCAGACUUGAGAUUCUGGCUUGGACUUUGCUGAGGUUACCUACUAUAUAGAAAGGUAAAUAAGAGGUGAUGGUGCGGGUCGAGUCCGGCUAUAUGUGCCAAAUAUGCGCCAUCCCGAGUCCUCUGUCAUAAAGGAAGUUUCGGGCUUUCAGCCCAGAAUAAAAACAGUUGUCUGUUUGCAA